AUGGUUCAUACAACGCCUUCUACAAAUGAAGCUUUACCAGUAUCGUCUUCGUUUUGUCAAAAAAUUGAUUUACAACAUCGUCAGUUCUUUUUUGACCGUGAACAAAUUAAUCUUGAGUCGCAUCAAUUAGUAUGGUUAGGUCCUUUGAUAACGUUGUCAGUUAAGACCGUUCGAAAAGUUAUCGAUUAUACGAAAGUCUUCGAUAAUGUGAAAGAAUGUUUAACAUACAUUGAAAAGAACAAAAUAUCAACAACAAUCUUUUUAGUUAUAGCAUCCAGUGAGCUAGGUAAACUUCUCAUUCCACAAAUUACUGAUUUUAACAAUAUUUGGUCUAUUAUUAUUUAUGAGGUUGACACGAGUCAUUCCGAAUGGAUCUCAAAUUAUCCAAAGGUAUGUUUGUACAGCUAUGGGAUAAGUGUCCAUACGCACUCUCUUUCACAUCCAAAUCAAUUAUUGUGUGAAUUGAAAGCAGACGUUUUAAAAUAUAAAAAAUAUGAAAAUAAUGGAAUGUUUAAUCCAUUCGAAAGAGAAGAAGAUAACUCAAUGGAUGAUGCUAAUGAAUCAUGGUGGAUAACUUAUACGGAUGUUUUAAUUUAUUUAUUAUAUCCAAAUGGAUUUUAUCAUAAACUCAUUGAUUCAUUAAGAAACUAUUACAAUGGUAAUGAUCCAAAAUUAAAAGUUCUUGAUAAAUUUGAGAAAGAAUAUAAGUCAGAUAAAGCUGUCUGGUGGUACACAAGCGGCACAUUUAUUUUUACUCUUUUCAAUCGCGCUCUUCGUCAGCAUAAUAUUGAAUUGAUAUUUCUCUUUGGUUUCUUUAUACAAGAUUUGUAUAAGCAAUUACAAACAGAAUAUGAAACAUUCAAGUCAAUCCAUUUAACAGAAUCAAGAAUGAAAGUCUAUCGCGGACAGAUAAUGUCACGCAAGGAAAUUAAUGAACUCGAUAGUAAUUUUAUCAUUGUCAAUAAUAGUUUACUUUCCACUUCUUCAGAUCGUGAACCGGCUCUUCUAUUUCUUCCAGAAUCUGAUCAGAUUGAAGACAGCAGUUAUGUACGUGUUCUAUUUGAACUUGAAAUUAAUAUUCAACGACAAUCACGCCCUUAUGCCGAUAUUAUACAUUUGAGUCAAUUUCCCCACGAAUCAGAGAUUUUAUUUAUGACUGGAACACCAUUUAGAAUAAUAGAACAAAAUGGUGUCACUUAUGAUGAAAACGAAAAAUUAUGGACUGUAAAAUUAGAAUUAACACGUGAUGAGUACUUGGUAGAUAACAGAAUCUUUGAAAGUUUGACAUGCAGUAGCCAUCGAUUAAAAAAGUCUUUAACUACCUUAUCUGAUAGUUUGCAAUUCGCAUCGAUCGAAAAUAUAAACUUAAUUUUCGACAACUUUUGUGAUUUACAUUCACAAGAAGAAAAAUGGAUUAAUGCACUUCGAUUUCAUUGUAUCGGUCGAUAUCAAUUUUGGCCUGCAAACAAUUUGACAGAAGCAUUAUCUUAUUAUCAUAAAGCAUUACAAAUUUGGAACAAUGAUUCAAGCUAUUGUUCAAUUAACAUUGGGCAAAUUUAUUAUGACAUUGCUCUCUGUUACAUACAGGAUGCAAUUAGAAAUUCAACAUUGGAAGAAGCACCAGCAGAACUUGAACAAAUUGAUAUUUAUGAAAGAUUGUCUGAGCUCUACAUGAAUACUGAUGAAAAUGUCAAAUCAAUACAAUACAAAGAAAGACAAGUCCAAUUCACAUUGAAAUAUUAUUCAUCAAUUGACGAGGAGAAAUGUGCUAUUAGUCUCAAUUCCUUAGGUUUUCUAUACAAAAAAAUCGCAGAAUACGAUAAUGCUUUGAUUAAUUAUGAAAAAGCUUUAACAAUUCUUUUAAAGUCAGUCAUCGGUCAUAAUUCAUGGUGGAUUAUUCGUAUCUG